AUGGACGAAACCGAAUUAAACAUAAUGAAAGAAACACUUCAGAAUCUCAAAGGGUCGUUAGUAGACCUUACUGAGGUACCACCAUCGGAAUCGAAAGCAUUACUCGAUAAUGUUUCUGGGAAUCUUGAAGAUGUUCAAGAUAUUUCAAUAGGGAGAUCGUUUCGAGUAGGCUGGGGACCUAACGGAAGAUUUGUUCGUCGUUCGAAAAAAAAUGUACGCCCUAUUUAUACCUCUUUCGUUCCACGAAUGUCAAGAAUAUCUAGAGCGUCACAAAGGGAUAUUGUUAAGUUUCAUCAAGUUUUGAUCGUAUCUGAAGAAGAUAUACAUACCAAAGAACGUAUUAAUAAAUCAUUGGAAUUGAUCUUUGAGCGGACAACAUUUGAACAAGAAGACGAUACUCCUUUUGUUAACGAAACGGGUUUAACUUUCAUGGACUUAAUAUCAAAUUUUGACACAAAAACAAUAGAUGAACAUGAGAAUUUAACUUGGAAACUUUGUCAUGCUUUAUGGGAUGAUAUUCAACUUCUAAAUGAACAUUAUGAAAAGGAAAUCAAAGAUUAUAGAAAGGCUAGAAUAUCAAAAUGGUUUCAAAUCUCCAACGAGCUAAGGAUGGCAGAUCAUUUAAAAUUGUCGGGAUACAGCGAUGAUAACACGGAUUUGAUUUUUGCUUACCUGACUAGCAAACAAAUAUCAAAAGCUUCAUUAACAGCGAUUAAAAACCGUGAUUUCCAUUUGGCGUCAUUAAUAUCACAAUUAUAUGGCAAUGAUUUUGUAAAGGAGUGUAUGAAUAAUCAGCUUGGUCAUUGGAAAGAGACUGAAGUAAAUAAUCUCAUUUCACCAAAUUAUUCAAAAUUUUUCGAAUUAUUAUCUGGGAAUGUCUUUGCUACAACGAAAGGUCUUGAUUGGAGGACGACCAUUAGUAUGCAGAUGUGGUAUGGUUGUAGCCUUAAUGAUCCUUUUGAUGAAGCCUUAGCCGCCUAUGAAGAAGCUAGAAAGUCUUCAGAAAAUAUUUCAAAACCUUUUGUAUGGUAUAAUCAACCUUUUUCGGAUUGUGCUAGUGAUCAUUGGGCUUAUUUGGAUUCUGAUAAACAAAUCUUUGAUCUUCAUUAUCACCUUAUGAAACUUUCAACGGAUUCUACUUACUCUCUUGAAGAUGCUUUACUUCCUCGAUCUAAUCAUGUUGCACCACUUGAUUAUCGCGUUACUUGGCUUUUGCAUUAUAUGAUUGCGCGUGUUUUUCAUAUACGUGACUUUAGUAAUGGUGGUGUCACAGUUGACCAAACCACUUUGAAGUUCAUAUUUGAGUUGGAAACUUUGGGUAUUUGGCAAUGGGCUGUCUUUAUUGCCAUGUUUAUUAAUGAACCAGAUGUUCGUAAAAAUGUAUUAUUUGAAUUAUUAAAUAGAUAUGUACAUCAAAUACCCAAAGAAAAAGUGGAAAACUUUCGGAAUUUUGCAAUUAAAACAAUGAAACUUAAAGAGGAAUGGUUUUCCGAAGCUCAGGAAAUUUUUUCAAAGUAUAAAGAAGUACCAGGUCGAAAAAGAAAAUUUAGUUAUUAA